CGGGGUGUGUCACUGUUGGACUGGUCAGUUUGCUUCACACCGUAGGAGGAUGUUUGACAUUGCCUGUCUGCUGUUGGUACUGGGAUCGUUGGGCGCUCAGGCGCGACCUCAGUACGACAACUACAACACCCUGUCCUACAUCUCGGGAGCCGACGCACAGGCCACCAUUCUCGAGGAAGAAAACAAGCCCAACGGAGGGCUCGGCAAUUAUAGAUACAAGUACACCACCUCGAACGGCAUCUCCCAGUCGGAGGAGGGUCUCUUUGAACCCGGUGUCGAGCCGGAGACGGGCAUCAUGGAGGUCUCUGGCUCCUACAGCUACGUGGACCCCAGCGGUCUGACGCGCACCGUGACUUACACAGCCGGUGUGGACGGAUUCCGCGCGCAGGGCGACGACAUCCCCACGCCGGUGCCGACCCAGUACCCGCUGCCGGCGGUGCCGCCACGCGAUGGAGCCGGUGCGACCGCUCGUGAGGGCGGCGCGGGGGUGCCCGGCUUCAGUGGCUGAGUGAAACUGAUGACGCUAGAAGUAAUGUGAUCAUGUAAGCAGUGAAUUGUUCUUGACAGCCUUAUUUUGUGUACAGAGACGCUUAUUAUUGAGUUUAUAUUCGCUUAUGGUCGCUUUAUGACCCUCAGAACGCCAUAAUUUAGAAUGUAACGUACAGUUGAGUGAUUUAUGGCUAUACUAUCAUUCACGAGUCAUAUGAAACGACCAUGUGCUAUUUUUGUAGUUAUGUUAAAUAAAUCAUGCGACUCGUAGGGCGAAGCAAGCGUCAAAGUUGCCGGUUGUAGGUAUGUAGGUAAUAGGCAUAGUGCUGUUGUGUUCAUGUCAAAUUGAAAUAUGGGCGCCUGCUGGCUGCUAGAUUACUAUAAAUUAAAAAAUGGUCGACU